AUGACGCACUGUUGGCAAUUGAACACAAUAUUUACGUUAGUUGUUUAUUGUUUAUUCUUACAUGGUGAAUUACAUGGAUAUGUAGCAGCAUUAAGUUCAGAUACCCAUGAUACCGGAGAAAAAGAAAAUCCAGAUCCAUUAUCUAUUCCGUUGAUAAGCGACGACGGAGCUCCCCUGGUAGCCAUGCUAGACACUAAAACUAUUAACAGGAAAAUUAAAAGUUACAUACAAACACUAAUGAGGAAUAUUAUUCAAAAUUCUAUGGAAAAAGAAAUGCAAGGUAUUUUUAAGUCUUUAUUGGAGGAAAACACGACCAUAAACUUUAUUCGGAAUUUAACCCUGCAAGAAAUAAAUGACGUGUUGAAAGAGCAAGAACUAGAAGGCGUAUCUUCACCACCAAUUGCAAAGUACAAAGACUGUACAGAGUUAAAGAAGAAAACAGACAAAAAACUGAAUGAUGGUAUUUACAAUAUUUAUCCAGGGGGAGAUAAUCCAAUCCAGGCGUACUGUGAUAUGACAACAGACGGGGGUGGAUGGACGGUUAUGUUAAAACGGUUCGGAGGAUCUGUUAGUUUUAAACGUACAUGGGUUGAAUGCGAAAAUGGAUUUGGUGAUAUUAAUGGCGAAUACUGGUUUGGCAACAAAUACACACACAUGUUGACCUCCAGUGGGAAGUACGAAUUACGAGUGGACAUGUUUGACUCUAGAAACAACACAAAAUAUGCUGUGUAUAAAACAUUUGUUAUAGGAAAUGCUGCUUCGAAAUACAAUCUUACUGUUGGUGAUUAUUCUGGAACUGCAGGCGAUGAAUUUAGACAUCAUAAUGGUAUGAAAUUUAGCACAGUAGACCAGGACAACGACAUAGAUCAGAGAAACUGUGCUGUCCUAACCGCCGGAAGCUGGUGGUAUAAUAAAUGUCUCUAUUGUGACCUCUCUCGUACAAAAUACAAACCUUACUGGGGUGGUACCAUUUCAAAACCGGUUAUGAUGAUCAGAAAAAUAUAA